AUGAGUUUGGUGGACCCGAGCUUCGAACUGAUUGACCCGUGCCCCGACAUUUUCGCGUUGUUCAAACAGUUCGAUGACCAGUUCUUCUCUGGCCAACUCGCCAUGUGUGAAGUGAAAUGGAGCCCGAGAAUGACGACAUGCGCUGGGAUCUGCGUUUAUGAAGGUCGUGGUGGUCUGUGCUCGAUUCGGUUGAGCAAGCCGCUUCUUACUUUGCGGCCCAGAAAGGAUUUGGUGGAGACGCUUUUGCACGAGAUGAUCCACGCAUUUCUGUUUGUCACGCGUCGCUUCAACAUACGAGACGGUGCGGACGGCCAUGGUCCAAUGUUUCAGGAGCAUAUGCAUCGAAUUAAUGGCAAAGCGGGGACUCGUAUCACGAUUUAUCACUCGUUCCAUGCCGAAGUGGCCAAUUUCAAGCAGCAUUGGUGGAGGUGCAAAGGCAGCUGCCGAGAGCGCAGACCGUUUUUCGGUUGGGUGAAGCGAGCUUCGAACAGAGCACCUGGACCCAAUGAUUUGUGGUGGAAGCAGCAUAUGCAGAGUUGCGGAGGUCAUUUCGAGAAAGUCAAAGAACCGGAGGGAUAUGGCCAGAAAAAGAAGUCUUCUCAAAAAGCCGUGGAGGGCGCCCCCAAAAAUCGCAAGAUUGAUGAAUACUUCAACGUGUCGGGAAAGAAGGUCAAGCCAUUUGCCGGAAAAGGAAAGGCCCUUGGAGAUGCGCCGACCACUUCCAAGAACCCUCCGAUUAAAAAGAAUGGGAACGCGGCUGGAGCUUCUGGUAGCUCCUCCAACGAUAAUAUCCACAAACUUCCGACUGGGCAGACGGCCGUCCAUGGACGAGGCUCGAAGACGAUUGUGAUUAACGGAAAGCCCCGCCAAAAUGAGAAGACAGUAGAAACGCCGAGUUCAGCGCCUGCGUUCACUGGCUCAGGUCAAACCCUUGGCGGCGGAACGACUGGCGGACGUUCGCGGUUGCUCGAUCUGUUCGAGAGCAAAGAGAAGCCGGCCAGUCAGCCGAAAUGCGUGACAAUUGAGGAAGAUGAGGAGAAGCCGGGCCCAUCGAAUCGGAAGCGACCACCGGCCCGCGAGGACCGUCAGCCAGAUUCGAAGCGCCCUACACUCACCGGUGCGCCUGCUACUCUCCAAAAAUAUCAAAAGUUAUUACUGAAUCUUUCCGAACUUUGCAAUGAGCGGGACGUAGUGGCGAAAAUGAAAAAGAAUCGAGGUCGUGCGCAAGAAUUGGUGCUUGUUGCGCAGAAACAGCCGAGCGAGAAACGUGAAAUGACGCCGCCUGAACGGACUAUUGACGAGCUUGUGGAAGAAAUUCAAGCCGACGACCCGGAUCCGCUGCUCGAGUGCCCGGCUUGCCAAGAAUAUUUCCCGCGUUCGUUAAUCAAUGAGCAUUUGGAUCUUUGCUUG